ACCUAACCUAACCUAACCUAACCUAACCUAACCUAACCUAACCUAACCUAACCUAACCUAACCUAACCUAACCUAACCUAACCUAACCUAACCUAACCUAACCUAACCCGAGUAUGCACCCAUCCGUUGCCUAGAACACAUAUCGCUCCGCGUUUUUAUUCGUUUUUAGUGGUAAAAACCGGAGCUAGGCGCGCGAGUUUUUGUGUGGUGAUAAAUAAGUGUGUGUCUCGCCAGGAUUAUCGUUUGCAGCACCAUCCACCGACGGGAUCCUGAGUUCUGGAACCUGGACUUCAAGGUAGAAUAACAGCUAGAGGUACGGCGGAACACAGUGUUUCUUUACGUCAAUAGAUAGUACUUUUUACGACCUACGCAGCGGUGAAAGCGCCAAGAAGAUUGGGCCUCUACAUCGGGAGUUAUUAACAUCUGAAAUUACCGAUUUCCCACGUGGUGACCGCAUGGAAAAUUUCCAAUAACCUCAAAUCUAGUCGGCCAGCACGUGUAAGUGACGCAACUGUGUAGUUUACCAUCGCUACUAGGCCCUCUCUAACGGACCGAGGACUUCGCCCGAACACGGAAACCAGACCUGAUCUCCGGACCUGAAGGUACCAGGCGACCAGUAAGGAUCUCCUGCUCUAUACAUCCUGGAGCACUAGUGUUUGGGGUCAUUCCACUCGUCCUUUAAAGACCUUUCCAACCAGCGUCUGGUCCAACACCAACCCCCCCCCCCCCACCACCCCCCACUCGUAUUUUCCAAAGUACCGUUAUAUCGCACCCACACGAAACCUUCCCCCCCCCGCCCCCGCCCCCCAGGUACCUCACCCCCCCUUGCGAUAUCUCCGAAAGUAUUAGAGAUAACCCCCCUGUGUGAGGGCUCGUUCAAAUCAGCACGGAAAAAGGAACAUUUUGGCCCCGCCAGUUUUCCCCCCCCGCUCAAGUCCCUUCACCCCCGCGGGAAUAUCUCAGGAUAUACAACACCUACACUCAACUGUGAGGACUCAUUAGAAUCGUCAGGAGGAAAGGAAUUUUUUGGCUCCAACAGAUACCCCCUCCGCCGAGAUUACCUCACCCCCGCGGGCCAUAUCUCGGGAAAUAUCAGAGCUACCCUACCUUGUGAGGGCUCGUUGAAAUCGGAACAAGAAAAAGAACAUAUUGGCCCCGCCAGAUUUUCUUCUCCGCACAGCGAGAUUGACUUGGAGCAAAAACAAAACCCUGAAAUCCACAAACAACAACCACCAGGCACAUCACGCACACCACGCGGAACCUUUGCGCCUGGGUGGAGCAUACUCAGUUGCAUCAAGACCGGACAACCAACAUCAGUGUCUGGACUGUAAGUUAAGUGUAGUGUAAUAUUUAUACAUAAGUAAGUAUUGUAAUAUUUAUACAUAAGUUAUAGUUUAAUCAAGUAAAGACAUCAAAAUAAAUUUAAGCAACAUGUCGUCGAACGUAGGCAAAGGAAAGGAAGCCGCGGCAGUACCCUCUACCUCUAAAUCAAGGUCAGUAUGCUCAGCAAAGUCUGUCACACGCUCAACAGAGCAAGUAAAAACGACGAAGCCGACCAGAUCGCUGAGGGAGAAGGUACUGGUGCGGUCGGCAUCCCGCCGCUCAUCGCUUAGUGAGGACACCCACGUCUCAUCCCUACCCGAGGAGACUAUCCUCAACGAGACGGUCACCGAAAGGGUGUCAGAGUGGGCCAGCAAACCACAUCUUCUGGUAGACUCAGACGAAGAGUCGUCGGACUGCUCCUCAAUAUCGGAGACGGCGCCAGGGAGAAAAAGCAUGAUCCAUUUCACCACAAAAAGAUCCGGGGUGGAGAUGGAUCUAGCCACUAAGAAAGCAAACGACAUGCUGCUACAAGGAAAGGACGCAUUGGAGUCAGCUGGCAACAUGAAGCGGGAAUGCAAGCAAACCGCCCUGGAGAGCUUGCAAGGCCUAUAUGAGAUAGUCUUGUCGCUAUCCGACUCCAGAGCGAGACACAAACACAACUUAGAAAAAGAGAGACAUAGGCACGCUCAGGAAUUGGUCCGGAUAGAGCGUGCCCACAACAAAAUGAUUACAGGUACACUCUCACAACUAACCACACAAAUAACGGACACAAAUAGACAAUUAACAGAAAAUUCAAACGAAACAAAAGCCAUACGUAGCUGGCUGGGGCACGAGACAGAGGAGCCCUACAGGCAGAUAAAAUAUAUUUCGCAGAGAAUGGUGCACUUGGAGAAUGCGAUCGGUAAAGUUACUGCACAGAAGUGGGAAGGCCCUAGCGAGAAGAAGGCGAAAGGCGACCACGACCAAGUAGCAGCGAGCCACCAGGCUAGGAUAUCUGCUCAGUUGGACCAGGUGUCUAAACAGCUGGACGAACUGAGGAGGGGCCUGGACAGAGUUGCGAACGACACCAAUCGCAUUCUCACAGAUGACACCAAAAAGCUAAACAGCGAAGUGCUGGAGACCCACAUGGAGGAGACUGGGAAGGGUCUGACAGAGGUAAAAGCGGCCAUAGAAAAGGCUGAAAGUAAGAUCUGUCAGACAGUUACCACGACCCCUAUGGCUCCGGCGAUGUCACCCGCUGUUAAGGGCGACCUCAGAAAACACUUGGAGCCCAUAGCUGAAAGGCUAGAGGCAGUAUCAUCGGAACUCCGGACGUUGCGAGAAGCGCGAAGCAAAACCCCUCCACCCACAACCAGCUUAGGGGCGGAACUCGCACUGGCGGAGUUAGCCAAGGUAACGGCCUCAGCGCAGCCGACGUAUGCGCAAGUAGCGCGUAAACCAAGGGUCCCACAACCUAACCACACCCUGAUCGUGUCAUCUACGGAUCCUCAAAAGUCGGGGGAGAAGGUAAUUGACACGAUCAGGGAGGUACUGGACUGCAGGAACUCCGGUGCCAGGGUGGAUAGGAUCCGCAAGGGCCGAAACCAAAAGGUCAUCCUGAGCUGUAACAGCAAGGAUGACCUAAAAUUAGUUAAAACCAAAAUUGAAAGAGGGCAGUCACUAAAGGUGGAAGAGGCCAAAACUAACAACCCACUGGCAAAAAUCAAAGACGUUCUGGCGUAUCAUACAGACGCGGAGCUAGUGGAAACCGUGAGAAGACAAAAUGACCAUCUUCUACAGGGACUGAGUGCCAAAGACAUAGCGAUCCGAGUCCGAUACAGAAAGAAGGCAAGGAACGCGCUAGAGUGCCACCCAGUUUUAGAACUCUCUCCGGAAGUACACAAAAGAUUCCUCGAAGCAGGGAAAAUCUAUGUAGGUCUACAGAGAAGACCAAUUGUAGACCAGUCUCCGCUAGUGCAGUGCGCCAAAUGCUUAGGUUUUGGCCACACGAAAACGGUCUGCCGAGAGAGAGACAGCUUCUGCAGCCACUGCGGGGGAACUCAUACGUGGGAAAGCUGUCUGGGCAGGAAGGAAGGCAGACCCCCCACCUGCAGGAACUGCCAAAAAAAUAAAAACACAACAAUAAACCAGGGGCAUAACGCAUACAGCGACGAAUGCCCAGAAAAACAAAAAUGGGAUGCUAUAGCUAGGUCUCGAAUAACUUAUUUACAUUGCUAA